AGCAUGAGAGAUGUUAUGGUUGUGUGUAGAGAGCUGCACUGUGGGGAUGCUGUAGCUGUAUCUAGAGGACCUCUGAUUGAAUAUGGAAGAGGAGGAGUCACACUAUUUAGUUGUAGUGGAGAUGAGUCUAUUAGACAGUGUGUCAUCAGAGGACCUGGUGACUGUUAUGGUGAAUAUUAUCAUCAUGUGACCUGUUCAGAGUCUGUGCGGCUUGUGGAUGGAGCUGGUCUCUGCUCUGGGAGAGUGGAGGUGAAGUCCAAUCAGUCCUGGGCCUCAGUGUGUGAAGCUGACUUUGACCGGCAGGAUGCAGAGGUAGUCUGUGGGGAGCUUGGCUGUGGGGCUCCUGCAGCUCUACAGGGGGGCUCUAUGGAGAAGGUGAGGGUCAGACCUGGGAUAAAGAGUUCCAGUGUAAAGGCAAAGAGUCCCUUCUCCUGGACUGUGACACCUCAGACAGAGAAAACAACACCUGUCUACCUGGUAAUGCUGUUGGACUCACCUGCUCAGAGCCUGAUGAUGUGAGGCUGGUGGGAGGAGGCAGUCACUGUGCUGGUGGAGUGGAGUGGUACGACCAGGGAGAGUGGAGGACUGUGGGAGCUGGAGACGGGGACCAGGAGGAUGUAGCU